AUGUUAAAUGAAAAGAUGGGAAUUGAUGAUAAUCAGCGAGAUUUAGAAGUUGUUUCUACAAGAGAAUUAAAAGGAUGGUACUUGGCAAAUACAGCGAAUGAACCAUAUGUUAUUGCUGCCAUGUCAGUGUUCAUUCCUAUUAUAUUGGAGACUUAUUCAAGUCAAGCAGGGUUCAAAUUGGAUGAUAGAAAUGUUCCAUGUGAUAUCGAAAUAGAAGAUUACAAAUGUGUAACAAAAUUUGGAUUUUGGAUAGUUGAUUCAACAAGUUAUUCGUUUUAUAUAAUCGCAAUAUCGGUAUUAACACAGUGUAUUGUAUACAUUGGAAUUGGAUCAUUAGCGGAUUAUGGAAACAACAGAAAAAAAAUGCUUAUAGGAUUCUCUUAUGCAGGAGCACUAUUUACAAUUGCUUACAUAUUGGUCCUUGAACCUAAUAUGUAUUGGUUAGCUGGACUAUUGACCAUCUUAUCAAAUGUUUGUUUUGGAGCGGCAACGGUAUUUUGGUUAGCAUAUAUACCAGUGUAUACACAUAUUCAUCCAGAAGUAAUACAAGUUAAACGAAAUAAUGAUGAAAAUGGUGAUGUCACCAAGGAAGAAAUUUGUGAAAUUGAAGAAAGGAUUUCCAACCGAUUAUCAGUUAUGUCCUUGAUAUGGUGUAUACCCGCGGGUGUACUUGUAUUAGCGAUUGGUUCCAUAUUUGCUUUAAUCAUGAAAGACAAAAUAUUAAGUUUAAGAAUUGGUUGUGUUAUCGUUGGUAUUUGGUGGGUAUCGUUUUUAACUUUUCCCGUAUUGUGGAUGAAAAAUCGGGUUGGUCCUCCUUUACCAAAAGUAGGAACCACUAUAAGGUCAGCAAAACAUCUUGUGGAAACGGUUAAAUUUUUAGUGGCAUGGUUUAUAUUAUCAGAUGGAUAUGGUACCAUCACAACAGUUGCAACUUUAUUCGGAAAGAAGGAACUUGGAUUAUCUCAAGUGCAAUUAUUAAUAGCAGCAAUGAUAAUUCCUAUUUGUGCAAUGAUCGGAGCUUAUGUUUUCCUGAAGAUACAAUUGUACUUUAAUUUGAGUACAAAAACCAUGAUUAUAAUAACCACAUCAUUACACUCUUUGGUACCAUUGUAUGCAUUAUUGGGAUUUAUCGCACCAUUCGGUUUCAAAUAUUCGUGGGAGAUUUGGUUAUUUGCCAUUUAUUUCGGUAGUUUGAUUGGCGCGGUACAAAGUUAUUGUAGAGUUUUGUUUGGUAGUAUGAUACCUAAAGGUCAUGAAAAUGAAUUUUUUAGUUUAUUUGAAAUUACGGAUAAGGGUUCAAGUUGGUUAGGUCCCUUGGUUGUGGGAAUUAUUGGGGAUGUGACCCAUAAUUUAAGAAAUGCUUAUUGGUAUAUAUUGUUUUCCAUGGCAUUUCCUAUCCUUAUUAUAUUAACUGUAAACGUUGAUAAAGUAAUUAGCAGUUCUGCAAAAUUGUUACCUUCUGAUAAUUUUUGGGAUUACGAAAUUGGUUUAAAGAGAACUUAUGUCACAAAAGAGGUCAUAAAGUCGUGA